AUGGCGGACGGGGUAAGAAAGUCGGUGUACAUUUGCCGGGUACAUUUGACAGACCUUCUUCCUUUGUAUUGUAGGAAUUGUGACUGUCCCAUUUGUUGUGUUUGUGUCGUGAAAAAUCACAAAGGACAUAAUAUAUGUAAUGUAUCAGAAUGUGUGGAAAAGAAAGCAGACGAGCUGAACGACGCUAUUCAACAAAAGGACUCGGCGUGUUUUGAUGUGAAGCUGAUUGAAGAAAAUCUUAGGAAAAGACAAGAAAGCCUCCAGUUCCAGACUGAGAGCAUAAUUCGAAGCGUGGAAGACAGAGAGAGGGAAAUCGUGGCUGAAGUGAGAAACGUAUGCAGACAGACGAUUGAACGUGUAGGAAAUCUCACCACUGAAGUAGAAGGUCGAAUUCGGCAAGAUGAGGACGUUCUGCAUCGGUUUUUAAACACUGAAUUGUUUCGAAAUGUUAAUGAUGAUGAUUGUAUAAAAAGCGUUUAUUUUUACAAUGAGUUAAAAAGACUCGUUCGUGAACACAAACGAAACAUGGAGGAUGGGAUACCUUUUCAAUUUGUGGCUCCUAUACUAUCGUCAGAACAUUUGUGUGAAUUGUUUGGGUGUGUACUGACAGAUGAUCAUGUAUCAUCGGACGCGACUGUGGGCGAAGAUGAUUGCGGAAACCACAUACAUGCUGAUGUAAACAAUGCAAUGGACACUGAAAGUUCCAGUUCAAUUAGCAAAGAAGAAUUUUUGGAAUGUCAAAUUUAUGAUUAUAGGAAAAGACUGAUGAAAACAGGAAUUGAAGGCGUCAUUCCCAUAUCGUCCGAUAGAAGCAUCCUUUACAGCGGUGGAAGUCUGUACCACUACAACCGCAACAGUGUACACAAAAUUGUAGAGGAAGUUGGCCAUUUCACGUACGUGCCUGAAACGGACGAAGUUGCUUUUAUUCUGAAGGGUCAAAAGAAAGUGUUUAGGCAACCAUCAAAUGCAUCCCAACGGCGAUCAUUGUUGGUAACCCUGCACUGUGAAAAAGUUUUGUGUAUAGGGCAUGAUUACGAGAAUUACAUAACACUCGUGAUUUCAUUGAAAGAAAAAGAAAGUUUUGGUUUUCAGACUAAUUACUACGUUUGCAACGUAAAUGACAGUGGUUGUGUUCCAACAAAACAAAACGUCUACAUAUAUGGAAAGACUUGUCGCUUAAAAUUACAGGCGUUCUCGCUUGUCCAGAUACAGGAGGACAAGAUUUCUGUCCACAAGGGUUAUUCUGGCAGACGUUUGUUUUCUUAUUCUGGCUGUGUUGGAAAUGAACCCUCAUCAACUUUCAAACCAUCAGACGUGUGCACAGACACUAAAAAUAACUUCUUGGUUAUUGAUUCCUACGAUAACACAGUGCACCUUCUGAAUCCAAAAGGAAAACCACUACGUGUCAUCAUGCUUGCCGAGGACGGACUAUGUGGAGUUAACUGUAUUGCUAUGGAUGAAUUUGAUUGGUUGUGGUUGGGAUGUAAAGACGGUGCUCUUCAUUUCGCAAAUUAUCAGUAUUUCAAAACCACGACAAGAAAAGAAAGGCAUUUGAUGAAACAAAAUUGA